AAUGUCAAAUUUUAAUAAUUGCGCUAAAUUAUUUUUAACUUUUCACUCCAUAAACUUUAAUUACCCCUUCGCAUUUAUAAACUAUUUUGUUUUAAUCAGUUCAUUCCAAUAUAAAGACAGUAACGCUUUAUCAGUGCUUUUAUUUCCAUUAUUUAACUUAGCAGUUUAGCAAACAUGGGUAACGAUGAGAAGCUGGAGUAUAUUAAAAGUAAAAUUGGAACUUUUCCUGAUUUUCCAAAGAAAGGCAUUGUCUUCCGUGAUAUAUUUACUGCGCUCAGGGAUCCUACUGCCUGCAAGCAUUUGAAAGAACUGCUUGUACAACAAAUUAGAGAAAAAUGUCCAAAUGCUGAAAUCAUAGUUGGAUUAGAAUCACGUGGUUUUCUAUUCAAUUUGCUGGUAGCAACCGAACUGGGUAUUGGUUGUGCACCAGUGCGUAAGAAGGGCAAAUUGCCCGGUGAUCUAAUAUCUGUGGAAUAUGUAUUAGAAUAUGGCAAAGACAUUUUCGAAAUGCAAGCCAACGCGAUUAAAUCGGGUCAAAAGGUUAUAAUCGUUGAUGACCUACUUGCCACCGGCGGUUCGCUCAAAGCUGCAAUUGAGCUGGUGCGUAAAGCUGGCGGCAAUGUUAUUGGAAGUUUUGUGAUUUUAGAAUUGGAAGAUUUACACGGUCGUGACAAAAUCGACUGUGAUGUACAUUCUCUAAUUAAAUAUUGAAGUCGAGAAUUGCUACUAUCCACUAUGUGGACUUAGAUAACAAAACGCAACACACUACCCAGAGGAACUCACUACUUUGCUACUUUGUAGAUUACAAAUUUACCAAUAAUAAUAUUCAGGGCUUUGUUAAAAUAAGAUUUUAUACAUUUAAAAUAAUUGUAAAUAUGUGCGUAAAUAUAUAUGAAAAGAUAUUAUUAUAAAUUUAACGUGAAACAGGAAGCAAUAAACACAUUACUCUAUUUUUAUAAAGCAAAUCAAAUGUAAUU